CAGACAUUAUGCAGUCAGAAACACAGAUGGAAGCUGAGCAAGAAUUUCUUGUAGAUUUUCUCCUUGAGUGAAAGCAUCAUCUAAGGCUUUACCAUGAAGACUGCUGUUCUUUUGUUUACUGUGGUGCUCAUAGCUGUGUUGUCAGAGUGUGAGAUGGUCAAGUUUGGUCAGCUGUGCAGCGACAACUCCAGUAAUAGGAGGAGGACAGGGGACAAAUGGGGACAAGGACACCACGGCGCAAGCAGAGGAGGCCGUGCGCAUCAGGGUCUGGACAUUGUGUGUAAUGAUGGGGCCACAGUGUACGCUCCAUUUGACGUGAAACUCAACGGGAAAGUGAUCGUGUACACAGACCCGAAGAAGGCAGCCAUCAACGAUGGGAUCAACCUCAGUGGAGAGGGUCUGUGCUUUAAGCUGUUCUAUGUAAAGCCUGACAAGUACUCUGGGAUGGUGAAGAAGGGCCAGAGGAUUGGGACCAUGCUGACCAUGCAAAGUGUCUACCCAGGGAUCACUUCUCACGUCCACGUCCAGAUGUGUGACAAGUCUGACCCCACCAAGUUCUUCUAAUGGAGUCCCUUUUGGCCUCUCAAUCAACCAAUAACAUGAUUGUAAUCAUUGGCCAAUAGAUGGGCUUACUGUGUUUAAAAAUAAUAAUUUGCUUAUUAUUAUAAACAUUUUUAUUACAGUAGAAAAUACAUGCAUGCUGCACAUUUCUGGAAUAAAGUUUUACAUGAACCCUAUAAGCAUCAGGGGUAAAUUCAUAAUUUUUUAUAAAUCCUUUUAUGCAACUAGUUACAGACAUGAAAAUAGACAAUGAUUUCUGUGUUAACAUAUAAUUUAUGUGGUAUAUAUAUAUAUAUACACUCUUUUUGUAUACUAGUUGUACUUGGCUCAUCUGACAAUGUGUACUCAAUAGUAAACUUUGUGAAAAAAACAUGAUAGAUUUAAAACAAAUACAUGUCUGUCAUUGAACAACCCAGUGGAAAAAAACACCCAUCUCUUUAAUAAGUUCUUUAGACAAUAAAAGCUAAUUUACCAACA